UCGCAAACCUGAGGUAUGUGAAAUUUUUAUAUCGCGUCAAAGAGUCGGGCGAUGGAUACGGCAGCGGCAGAGAUACUCGCAUCCAUGGUGGAAGAUGGCGCAGCGUGGGCGUGGUGCGGGCCGUGAGGAUGCUCAUUUUUCCGGGCAGCGUGAAUCCCUCUAAUUUUGAAUGCGCGGAAUUUGUCAUUUGCGGCCGGCCCAUGCUGGAGUGCGCACCAUUUCCACCAGCGCUGCUAGUCGACAGAAGCGGCCCCUGCCCUUGGCGCGGAAUGCGGUCAAUAGCAUGGCCCUGCAGCCUGAAGACGGGUCCGCCAUCAGUGAACGUUGUAUUUAGAGCAGAGAACUAACUUUUGUUGUGCACGCGCAUCUGCCAAUUUGCUGCUGGUGGGCAAUUGUCUCCGCUUUUUGUAGUAUACGAGGAUAGUAAAAAUGGCCUCUGUUCUUCCCGCCGAAGCUCGCUCUGAGACCCCUGGCAUCCGCCUGUUCAACAAGUGGACUUUCGAGGAUGUCGAGAUCAAGGAUAUCUCCCUGACCGACUACCUGCAGAUCCGCAACCCUGUGUACCUGCCCCACACCGCCGGCCGUUACGCCGCGCGCAAGUUCCGCAAGGCCCAGUGCCCCAUCGUCGAGCGUCUGACCAACUCGCUCAUGAUGCACGGCCGCAACAACGGUAAGAAGCUGAUGGCCGUCCGCAUCGUCAAGCACGCGUUCGAGAUCAUCAACCUGCUCACCGACCAGAACCCGAUCCAGGUCCUCGUUGAUGCCAUCAUCAACACCGGCCCGCGUGAGGACUCGACCCGCAUUGGCUCCGGCGGUACCGUCCGUCGCCAGGCCGUCGAUGUGUCGCCCCUGCGCCGUGUCAACCAGUCGAUCUCGCUGCUGACCACCGGUACCCGCGAGGCUUCGUUCCGCAACGUCAAGACCAUCGCUGAGUGCCUCGCCGAUGAGCUCAUCAACGCUGCCAAGGGUUCGUCCAACUCGUACGCCAUCAAGAAGAAGGACGAGCUUGAGCGUGUUGCCAAGUCCAACCGUUAAGGUGUGGAGUUUGUGCGCAUUCUAUUUGCAAAUCUUUUGGCAAACCUCAUUCCUACAAUUCUACAUUUUGGACAGGGUUUACAAAAAUUUCGAAAACAAGUCUCUUUGUUCGAGUUU